AUGGCCCAGCGUGCGGAAGCUGCACACGUGUUCUGGACCUGCGUGGUUGGGAAAGGCCGUGUCUCCAUGCAGUGGGCCUUCGGUCGCUUGGCGGGGGCUGCUCGACGCCAGCUGGUGGGUCGCUCCGUCGCCAUCCAUGCUUUCCUGAAGCUUUUGGCCCGCGCAGCAGCCCGGGCGCUGCGAGGUCACCUCUUCUCCUGGCAGCGUGCCGGAGUUCGCAGCGCACGGUUCGCUGCGGACCUUCGUGGCGUCACCAUCGCAGAGCUGGCAGCAGCGAACAGGAGGCCGAAACUGAUGAAGCGCGUGCUGCAUGCCUGGAAGGCCUCCCUGGCGGCGCCUCGACGCCUCGUCGGGGCACUGGUGGCGCCCACAGCCCAGCGUUUGAGUUGGGCCUUACGCCGCCUCUAUGCCCUCAGUGGCCGGCAGCGGCAGGCGGCCUUGCGGCUGGCGUGCAGCAGCUCCGCCCAGCGGCGGCACCGCCGGCGGCUCCUCUCGCAAGUUUUCACAUCCUGGCGGCGAGACUUCACGCAGGCUGAGCGCCGCCUUCGAGCCCGGAGCCGCAACGCGCAGGUGCGCGCUGGCCUGCGGCUCUCCCGGGAAGCGUUCCAGGCCUGGAUGAAGCUUGAUGUCUACCACCGCCGGCUGCAUCGGCUGGUUGCUGUGCUACGUUCGGGAUGGGGCCGCUCUGGGCUUCGGACAUGGCGGACGCAGGCGGCUCGGCGCGCUGCAAAGGCGACGGCAGAGGUCCUCGGCAAAGAGGCCUUACAUCGGGCCUUGGCGCAGCAGAAGGUCGGCUGCGAGUACUUUGUAGAGGCCCGGAGCCGGGAAUGCGCCAACCGCACAGCGAAGGCGCUGCUCCAUGCCUGGCGCUGUGCGUCUGCAGCAGACAGUGCGGCCAAGGCCCAGCGCAUUGCCGCAGCGCAGUUCUUGAUUCGCACCGUUGCCGGCUACGAGAGGCUCGCGCGGCGAGCUGCGCUUCAACGUUGGCGGGCCGCUGCAGACGUGGCAUGUGUGGAGGCAACCUCGAAGGAAAGGAUGGCAGCUCGCAGCCGGCAUGAGCGGCAGCAACAGAUGCAGAAUGGGUUGCGCAUUCUUGCAACUGUCGUGAAGCACCGCGUGCAGAUGGCCCUAGCCCAGGCUUUCCAUGGCCAGUGGCGGGCCUGCCGAUGGCAAGCCAUGGUUCGAGCGCUGGAUGCUUCCGCGCUGAGGGACCAGCGUCGCAUGCGAGCUGAGGCUGAGACCCUUCGGGCGCAGGUGGUGGCAUGCCGUGAGGAGGCGUACGAGAUGCGUGCCCGAACAGCGGCGGAGGAAGUGCGUGGCGAUCGCACACGUGAAGAAGCACAGGAGAUCGUGGAAGCCGUGAGGCGAGAACGUGCAUCCCAGGCAGAAAAGAUUGCAGAACUGCGAAGUUCUGAAAGAGAGGCCUUGGAGGAAUCGCAGGAUCUCCGCGAGAGGCUGGAUGACGCCCUUUCCCACGUCAAUCGCCUCGAGGGUGCGAAGCAGAGCACCCUCGAAGAUCUCCGCAUGCUCCACACAGAGCUCGAUGAAGCUCGCGAGAGGGGCGAGGAGCUCUCGAAGGCAGAAGUGCAGCGAGAGCGUGCGCAUCACGAGCAGGUGCAGACGCUGCAGCAGCAAGCCCUGCUUGCACAGAAUGCUGCUCGCGACCAAGAGGCCGCAUUCCGGCGCCAGCUGGAUCUAGCGCAGAAGGAGGCCAACGACGCUACGCACAGCUCUGAAAAGACAUGGGAGCUGAGGCUGCAGGAGAAGGAGCGUGCCUGCGAGCUACAGACAUCCAUUGCUGAAGAUCAGGAGAGGAACAUCCGCCACCUCGAAAGCCUCCUCAAGGAGCAAGGAGACCAGCUGACAAAGGAGCGGAGUGAUCACAUGAGGGGCUUGGACCAGUUGCGAGCCUCAACCGCCCUGUCGGAGUCGAAAACCUGUCUCCUCCAGGAGCAGGUGGUUGCUCUCCGGCAACAGCUGCGGCGUGAGCAUCAGGAGCUCUUGGCAUCUGAAAAAGCAUGGUCUAGUGACCGGGCAGCAUUGUUGUCCGCCGUGGCCUCUCAGGGAGAGCCCGUGGCCCUGCGGGCACUGCCUCCUCCGGCACGCAGCCGCAGCUCCUCCGCCAGUCGGCGCAAGGCUUCGCCAAGUCCCAAAGAUCAAGGUCCUGGCUCAGUCUCAGCCGUCCGGUGCCCCUGGCAUGGUCCUGGCGCUUCAAAAAAGUUGGCUCCAGCGCUGAUGUGA